CCUCCAGUGCAAACAAACAAAACAAAACAAAAAAAUAUUAUGCAGCUUUUCCUCUGUGGUGCCAAGUUCCCUCGCCACAGUGCCCCCUCAAGCGGAUGACUGGAACAGACAGGAAGUGGGAGCAGACCGCACGUCUGUUUACAGUUUACUGACCACAAGUAAUGACAGAGUUUCUCAGAAAUUAAAAACAGUUCGUAUCACCGUGUGCAACUGCCUGAGUGUCUGCGUUGCUUGCAUUUAAUGGACGCUAGCAGAGCAGGGCGAGGAGGUAAAAGAAGAAGAGGAGGAGGGAGAGGAAGUCGUGGUGGAGAGGACAGAGAUGUCUGUCUGUCUAAAUCCAUGUCUUACACACUACGCCAUGGAGCAAGUCGGAUGGGUCUUCAAAUGGGUACAGCUCUCACCCCCCUAGACGGCUUCCUGUUCGUGGAGGAACUCCUGGCUCACCCGCAGUUUCGCUCGUACUCGCAGGGAGACGUUGAGAGAGUCGUUGCCACAAAUGACAAGCAGCGCUUUAAGCUCCGUUCCCACCCAGAGGACGGGCGGCUGCAGAUUCGAGCCAAUCAGGGCCAUUCAGUACAGGUUAUGGAUUUGGAGCUGAAGCACGUAAUGGCUGGUUCUCCCGACUGCCCAGCUGAGGCUGUUCAUGGCUCCUACCUCCGCAACUGGAGCUCCAUCCAGCAGCAGGGCCUGAGCCGCAUGAGGAGGACACACAUCCAUCUGGCAUGCGGUCUGCCUGAGGAGGAUGGCGUCAUCAGCGGCAUGAGGAAAGACUGUGAUCUAGCUGUGUUUAUUGAUGUCCCCAAAGCCCUUGCUGAUGGUAUUGAGUUCUUCUGGUCAGAGAAUGGUGUGUUGCUGACGGCGGGUGAUGCUGAGGGUAAACUUCUCCCUAAAUACUUCACCCGAGCCCUGAGACUGAGACCUACAAAGUGCGUCCUGCCUCUACAAUAGCAGCAGAGGAUACUGAGUCGUCUGAACAUGUUAGCAUCCUGUGACUGGUGUGAUCUUGGUAACAGUUGUUUGACAACAACAACCUCCUAGCGAAGCGCUUUUUAUUCUGACAUUCAGAAAUCGUUCCAAAUGGGACUUAAAUUGCUCGCAGAAUUUUUGUUUUAUUAUUGAAAACAAACUACAUAAAAAGCAUGGUUUCUUUCUUCUUUUUUUUUUGACAAUUCAGCCACUUUGUGCUGACAAAUGUCACUUUUGACUCAUUAGUGUAGAGGUGUUGUUUUCUGUGUUGCAUUCAAUGUUAAAUAAACUGUCACACUGCCUACCAACGUACUUUAGCAGCCAGGCCUUUAAAUAAAGGAUCAUUUGAAA